GUCUCUGGCGGUUUGCCUAAACCUACAAAUAUCACCUUCUUGUCUAUCAACAUGAAGAAUGUCCUGCAUUGGAAUCCGCCCGAGGGUCAACACGGAGCUGAAGUCACAUACACUGUGCAGUAUUUCAUAUACGGGCAGAAGAAAUGGCUGAGUGUGUCUGAAUGCAGAAGCAUCAGCAGGACCUACUGCGAUCUUUCUGCUGAGACCUCAGACUACGACCACCAGUACUAUGCCAAGGUGCAGGCCAUUCAGGAAACCCGGUGUUCGGAAUGGGCUGAAACGGGACGGUUCUAUCCUUUCUUAGAAACACAAGUUGGCCCGCCAGAGGUUGUCCUGAAAACGGGCGAGAAGUCCGUCUCUAUUGUCCUGACAGCACCGGAGAAGUGGAAAAUAAAUCCCAAAGAUGACCCUGUCUCUAUGCAACAGAUAUACUCCACACUGAACUACAACGUGUCUGUGUAUAACACUAAAUCCAGAAUGUGGUCCCAGUACAUCACCAACAGCACACUGGAGUUCAGCUGGCUGGAGCCAAGCACUCGGUACUGCGUCCAGGUGGAGUCUUUUGUCCCAGGGCCCCCUCGCCUCCCUCUACCUUCUCAGAAACGAUGCUUCAGUACUUUGAAAGAUCGAAUGUCAGCAUUGAAGUUUAAAGUCAUCUUCUGGUAUGUUUUGCCCACGUCUGUCAUCGUCUUUCUUCUUUCUGUGAUUGGCUACUCAGUUUACCGUUACAUCCACGUUGGCAAAGAAAAGCACCCAUCGAAUUUGGAUUUGAUUUACGGAAAUGAAAUUGAAAUUUUCUUUGAACCUACUGAAACAAUUACGCUCAAUUUUAUCACCCUCAAUAUGUUGGAUGAUUCUAAACGUUCUCAAAAGGAUAUGAGCUUACUGGGAAAAAGCAGUGAUAGUUCCAGCCUGAAUGACCCCGAGCUCCGUGGGAGCCGAGAACCCCAUCUGGAGGAGGUGGAGAGACAACUCUUAGGAUACUCUUCGCAUUUGAUGGACAGUGUCUGUGGUGCUGAGCGAAGCGACAGAAAUGCUUGCCUAAGCCAGCGUGAAUGGCUUAGCGGCACCAUGCCCACACCGGAGGCAGACACGGAGCCCGAGUACAGUGUCCCAACUGAUUUCUACAGGGAGGCCGAAGACCACCAGUUCGGAGGGCAGGAAGAGGCAUCCAGCACAAGGAAAUUAUCCGAGUCACAGGCAGCUUUAGCCAACUUAGGCCCGCCUUUUGAAGACCUACGUCACCGGGGACAGGAGCAUCCUGGCUCAGGAGAGGGGCCAGAGGAAGAGUCAUCUACAACACUGGUGGAUUGGGACCCUCACACUGGCAGGCUGUGCAUCCCUUCUUUACCUAGCUUUGGCCAGGAGCCUGCGGAAUACCGACGUUAUGAUAGAGACCGGCUCGCAGAGGGUGGCCUUUUGUCUAGACUCUAUGAGAGCCAGGCACCUGACGAGCCAGAGGACAAACACGAGAACUAUUUCAUGCAGUUUAUGGAGGAAUGGGGGUUGAGUGUUCGAAUGGAAAGCUAA